AUGCAUUUGACUUCAGCUCAAUGUAAGAACCUGCAAGUGGAGGGCCAAGUGGACGAAAUCCGGGAGGAUCUGACAUUACUAUGUGGUGGACUGACAAGUCUGAGGCUGGAGGAGUUUGAUACAGAAGAAAGGGAUGUGUCUGUGUAUUACCACAACGAGGUAGUGUUUGAACUGAUCCCCAGCUCCAACCCAGCCUCCCAGGACAACAGUCAAGACUGGGAGGACCUGGUCGAGGGUGUGGUCAAGCCAAAGGGCUCCUGGGAAGACUUCUGUCAGGAGGACCUGGAGUCAUAUGCUGAUGACCCUUCUGACUUACUUGAGGAGCCUGCCUCAGAAGACACCAUGAGCAGGUACCGGGCCCAGCUGCCUACCGUACAGGCCAUGUGUGGCAGGCUGCAACCCAAGAUGGUGCAGGAUCCCUUCAGCAAUGCACAAGGAAAAGGCUGCUACUCAGAAAAGAACUUAUUCAAAAGAGAUAUGUCACUCAAGGAGGACAAAGUUGACAUAGAAGACAGCCAUGUGCAAGGAGAGGUGUUUGAGAAACAGCCCCUUGUUGAUGCAGAGGGGAUGCUGGAAGAUGAGUUGCUGCCACAAGUAACUACCCCAGGUUCUGAUGGUCAGAUCCUUCCCAGCAGUCAACAGUUGCAGGGGAUGCUGUGUCUUCAGGAGGAACAGAUGGAGACUGGAGUUGAACCCGAGAUGCACUCAAGUCAAGACAUUCAAGCACUGGUCACCUGUUCGGGGAAGUCUUGUACAAAAGCUGGCAAACCUCAAGAGACAUUUGAGGUCUGUGAAGAAAUCAUUAAAGUGGAGGAAACUCUUCAAGAUUUCUCACAACUCAACUCACAAGGACUGGAGUCUAAGUCUCCCUGUCAGGUAGAGAAGUCUCUGUUAGAGUCUCCUGCUGAACUUGAUCAACCUGAGGACCAGCAAGCCAGCCUUAAGGAAAUGCUAUCUGAAGUUUCCCCUAUCAAGAUGUCCCCAAAGCCUUCACUGUAA